AAAAUCAACACAAUGGCUGCAGUCAGGCUUCUUGUCCCUGUCCUCAUUGGCCUGUGUGCAUAUUAUUUCUACAGCCAAGAAACUCUAUCUGCAGAUAUGGUGCAAGGGAAGCAUGUGCUGGUCACAGGUUCAAGCACUGGGAUUGGGGAACAAAUAGCCUAUGAGUUUGCCCGGAUGGGAGCCCACCUGAUCAUCACCGCUCGGAGGGAGAAGCAACUCAAGGAGGUGGCAAAGAAGUGCUUGGAACUGGGGGCAAGUUCUGCCAGGUAUGUUGUGGCCGACAUGAACAACUUGAGUUCAGCCCAGGGAGUCAUUGAAGAAGCUGGAAGCAAACUAGGAGGCCUUGACUACCUGGUUUUGAACCAUGUUGGAGGAAUUGACUCAUUUGGUCCAUUUCAGGGAGAUAUGACAGAAAUGACCAGCUCCAUGACUGUCAACUUUCUGAGCUAUGUCCAGCUGACUGCUUCAGCUAUGACUAUGCUGAAGGAGUCUCAGGGCAGUAUCAUUGUCAUCUCCUCUAUGAGUGGUCGCAUUGGAGACCCAUUUUCCCUCUCAUACAGUGUGGCCAAGUUUGCUCUGGAAGGAUUCUACAGCUCAUUACGCAGGGAGCUGCACCUUCAGCAGAUCAAUCUCUCAAUCACAAUUGCUGUGCUGGGAUAUAUUGACACAGAAAAUGCUGUGAAUGCUUUUGCUGACAAAAUAACGAUGACAGCAAAUCCCAAGGAGGAGUGUGCCCAGGAAGUGGUGCGGGCUGGUGUACUACGACACCGGGAGGUUGUCUAUCCUUAUUGGAGCCUCCAGCCUUUGCUGCUGCUGAGAGACUGGAUGCCAGGCCUGGUAGAAAAGCUGCUGGACCAAUUCUAUAUUCUGGAGAAUAUCCUCUAAGCUUCAGGGCAUUGCAUGUCCAAAAGGAUUGAAAUAAAAGGAAAAUAUGGCAAGACA